UUUCUCCUUCAGCCACCGCCUCCAUCUCCAUCUCCACUCUCCCAUUCUUUUUCUUCUUCCCUCUUCCCUGUUGCUCCAUCUCCUUCAGCUCACCAUCAGUUUCGUUUCUGCCAUCACUGAUCUAAUAACCACAUAAAUCCGGUUUUUUUUCCCCUUUUGGUUCGCUCUGUCCUCUGUUCUACCAGCGUCGAUCUGGUUCUGAGUCUCCGUUUUGGUUGUGAUUCCAACGGAGCCAAAACGGAGCUUGAUUCCAACGACUCGUCCACCAUUAUCAUCAGCGUGGGCGUAGGCCUUUGGGUUGUGGGUCUGGUUUUUUUUUCCCCCUUUCGGUUCGCAUCCUCUCUGUUCUAUCGGCGUCCUCUAGUUGUUGUUGUCUCCGUUUUGGUUGCGAUUUCUGAUUGUGGGUCGGGUUGUCGGUCUGCUCUUUGAAUCAAUUCUUGGCGCAAGAACUUUGUGAGUGGACUUCCGGUUUCGUGAAAGAGGCCCUGGUGAGAUUUGUGCACGAGAAACACGACAAGAAUAGCUCACCGUACAGUUUAUCUCCAUGGGUCGUUCUUUUUUUCGUAAAUUGCUUGAUGAUGACGCAGAUGAAGAUGAGAUAAUUAUAAAACUUCUCACGGGUUCGACACCACAACGUAAGCAUCGUCGGUAUAUCGAACGUAAUCAUUUGGAAGGCCAUAGAAGGCUUUAUGAUGACUACUUUGCCGAAGAACCUGUAUAUCCUCCCAACUUAUUUCGAAGGAGAUUUCGAAUGAGACGUUCUCUUUUUCUCCGAAUCUUAUCUAGGGUAGAAUCUUAUGAACCUUACUUUACCCAAAAAAGAAAUGCUGCGAAAAAGCUUGGUCUAUCUCCCCUUCAAAAGAUGACCGUUGCACUUAGGAUGCUUGCUUAUGGAGUAGCGGCUGAUUUUAUGGAUGAAUAUGUGAGAAUAGCAGAAACCACUGCAAUACUUAGUUUGAAAAAAUUUGUUGCAGCAAUGGUUGCUAUUUUUUCAGAGGAAUACUUGAGGUCACCAAACAAUGAAGACAUCGCUAGAUUGUUAGCUCAUGGCCAAAAUCGUGGAUUUCCAGGCAUGUUGGGAAGUAUUGAUUGCAUGCAUUGGAAAUGGAAAAAUUGUCCAACUGCAUGGAAAGGGAUGUAUUGUGGUCAUAUUCGUGAGCCAAGUAUUAUUUUGGAAGCAGUGGCUUCAUAUGAUCUUUGGAUAUGGCACUCAUUUUUUGGGUUACCUGGAUCAAACAAUGAUAUUAACGUGUUGGAGCGGUCUCAUGUAUUUUCUGAACUUGCACAAGGACGUGCUCCUGCAGUUAAUUACUCAAUUAAUGGUGAUGAUUACACAAUGGGAUACUAUCUUGCCGAUGGCAUAUAUCCACAAUGGUCAACAUUUGUGAAGACAAUCCCAAGGCCACUAGGAGCAAAAAGAAAAUUAUUUGCAAAAGCUCAGGAGGCAUAUAGGAAGGAUGUAGAGCGUGCAUUUGGAGUGCUUCAAGCACGAUUUGCUAUUGUACGUGGACCUGCACGGUUUUUCUAUCAUGAAACACUACAAGACAUUAUGAAAGCGUGCAUAAUUCUUCAUAACAUGAUUAUUGAAGAUGAGCGAGAUGAAGUUGAAGCAGUGGACUUAGAUUAUGAACAAAUUGAUGAGAUUUCAUGUACACCAAUGUCACGUGAGCCAACAAAUGAAUUUACGGAAUUCACUCAAGUUCAUCAAGCAAUUAGGGAUCGAGAAGUUCAUUCUCAACUCCAAAUGAAUCUCGUUGAGCAUUUAUGGCAAUUACAAGGAGAGUCAUGAAAACUUUUGGUUUUGUUUAUUUGUCUCAUUUUGUUUUUAUGAAGCUACCAUUAAAACUCAUUGGCUAUGUUGUUUUGUUAUGUUAAGUUUAGUAUUAGCCAAUUGUUUUGUUGUGUUAAAUUUAAGUACUAUUUGUUAUCAAAGAAGUGGCAAGCUCAACUAUGUUUAAUUCAAUGGGUUUUGUGUGAGUUAAUGUUAUUGGAUAUGAGUUAUUUGUGUAAGUUAUUUGUGUGAGUUAAUGUUAUUAGAUAUGAGUUAUUUGAGUUAUUGGAUAUGACAGGUUCUAAGUAUUUGAGUUAAAAUGUUAUUGGAUAUGAGUUAUUUGAGUUGUUGGAUAUGACAGGUUCUGAGUUAUUUGAGUUAUUGGAUAUAACAGGUUCUAAGUAUUUGAGUUAAAAAUAUGAUAGUUGAAUUAAGAGUAUUUUCAGUUUUCAGGAUUUUGUUAUGCAUGUAAUAGUGUGGCUGAUGCUCACAAUUGGCCAAACUUUGUACAGGGCAGUAGGUGUGGCUGGAUUACAUCCCAGCUAACAUUGUGCCUCUAGUUUCAUUUGAUGCCCAUUGAGGUU